AUGCCCGCCAGGGCGCCCGCCGCGCCGCGCCCGCGCCCCCCUCCGCAGCGCCGGCGUCCGGCUCCGCGCGGGGCGCGGGUGCGCUCCGAUCGCGGCGGGUCAGCGGCCCGGCCGCGGGGUCAAGUGCGUUCCCGGCGUGGACGGCGCGGCUCCGGGAGUGAGCGCUGCCCCGCCCGGCCUGCCCUCCGGAGUUCCGAGUGCCCCGCCGGCCCGGGGACCCGUCGCCCCCGCCCGCCCCGCCGCGCAGGGACGCCCAGCUCCGGGUCGUUGCCGAGGCGCGCGGGCGGGCACCGGCGGCCGCUUCUCCCGGGCCCCGACCUCGGCCCACGCCCGGGGAUCUCCCCGCGCCGCCCGCGGAGGCUCCGACUGGAACCGGGGCCGACUUCCUCUGCAUGCCGCUCCGAGUGGACUCUGCCAUCGGCAGGAAACGGCUCGGACGCCCAGCUGCCCUCGCGUUGCUGGAGAGAAGCAGCUCCCACCACGGGAGAAAGACGCUGCGAACUGAGCCCGGUGAAAGACGGGCGCUCUGGAGCUGGAGAUCAUCGACGUGCCACGUCUGUCUUGGUUUGCAGUUCCAAAAUGAUGCUCACGCUGCCAUCCGAAGAGUCAACAUCAGUCUACUCGGCCAGGGACGGCACUUCCCAGCCAGCCUCCUGUGCAUCUAGCUGGGUCACGGGACAAGCUCUUGCCAGUAGAAAAUGAGCAGAAGUAGGUUUCUAAGAAGUGGCUGUGCCUUUUCCACUCUCGCUCUGAGCUGGAAAUCAUUCUGAAGACAUAGAGAAAGGCCAAACCUCAAGAUAGAAGCCUGAAUCCUUUAUCACCACAUGGAGGAAAACCUGCCACAGAAAGGAACAUCUGCUUUGGAUUGUUAUUUGAGGGAGAAAUAAACUUCUGUUGUGUGAAGUCA